UGCAAACAGCGGGUCGCUGCUGCACAGAUUCGUAGGUUUUAAUGGUUUGAUUGGCGAUAGGGGUGAUCCUCCUGCGACCUCUGACCUCCUCUGAAUCGGGCUGGAUUGUGGUGCUUGCUGUUACAGCUGCAGUCAGCAGUCUUCCUCUUUCCUCAUUGCAUGUGAUCACUUCAACAGAGACUGAGAAUGGAUGAGGCCCCGAGUUCAUGGUUUGACCAGGCGUCGACUCUGCCAGACCAAGGCUCUGAGGACCUGGAGAGCUUCCAAGGUGAAAAGAGAACCAUAAUUCAACAGACAUCUUUGAGCGACCCAAAACUUGAGAAGCUGAAAGAGGUGCUUGUCAGCUGGAUCAAUACGUCUCUAAAGCAGGAGCACAUUGUGGUGCAGAGUCUGGAGGAGGACCUGUACGAUGGCCUGGUGCUGCAUCACCUUUUCUCCAGAUUCACCGGUGUGCACCUGCCAGUGGAGGAGAUUGCAGUGACCACUGUGGCUCAAACGCACAAGCUGGGUGUCAUCAUGGAGGCCCUGAACCAGAGCCUGGCGGUGGGAGACCAGGCGUCCCGGAGGUGGAGCGUGAAGCUCAUUCAUACAAAGGACUUGCUGGCCACUCUCUACCUGCUGGUUGCCAUGGUGAGACGCUUCCAGCCUGACCUAGCCCUUCCCUCCAAUGUCAGUGUGGAGGUAGUCAUGCUCGAGGUAAAUAAAAGUGGGAUCAAGUCAGAAAAACAGGUCGAACACAUUACUGAACCAAGUGAUUCAGCUGAGGAUUCAGCCAAGGAUUCAAAAAAAGGAGAUCCCAUUGAUGAACUCCUGAAGCUGGACCCUCAGAAAAUUGAAACAGUCAAGCAGGCAGUAAUGCACUUUGUCAACAGGAACAUGUCCCCUCUGGGGCUGCAGGUGACAGACCUGGAGAAGCAGUUUGCAGACGGAGUGAUUCUGCUCUUGCUGAUUGGACAGGUGGAGGGGUACUUUGUGCCCCUCUGCGACUUCCACCUCACUCCCACCGCCCAUUCUGAAAUGAUCCACAAUGUUACACUGGCCCUGGACCUGCUUAAUGACCGGGAGCUGCAGGUGUCCAAUGUUGACCCUCAAGAUAUUGUCUCCCAGGAUGUGGCUGCCACACUGAAGGUCCUCUAUGCCCUGUUUAAGAGGCACAAGAGCAAAUGAAGGCUGAAAGACAGACGCAGACCUGUGGACUGGGGAAAUGAGGGAGGAGAGAGACUGGCUUCACAGUGACAUCACUGGAUAUAUCUGCACCACAUCUGAACACAACUGCCUACUACAUUCCAGUACAUGUUUAUUUUCUCACUGUCUUUGAAGAUGCACCCUUCUGAAGAUGCAUUUUAGCAAGUUACAGUAUCAUGACUGAGAUUUAGAAUAGUUUGACAGCAAAUCUUGUAUACUGCCAAGCAAACAUUUGAUAUGUUCAUCCAUUUUGAUUUCAUGAUCUCAUGAUCUUCUAUUGCAUUAUUCAUAAAUUGCUUAUUUUCUCUGCCUAAAAGUUUGUUUUUGAUCUCUCCCUCUUUCCCUUUCACCAACUGCAAAGGAAAUAGCAGUGAGACUCUCACAUCUCUCUCUCUCUCCC